AUGGGCACUGGUUCAUCGACAGUGCGAAUAUGUGUCUGCGGUGACGAAGGGACCGGAAAGUCCAGCUUGAUAACUUCUCUCGUCAAGGGCGUUUUCGUAACAAACAAGAUACAACCAGUGCUUCCUCAGGUAACGAUUCCACCGACAAUCGGCACGCCCGAAAGUGUAACCACCACCACCAUCGUCGAUACCUCAGCGUUACCACAGGAAAGAAGCAACCUUGCAAAGGAACUCCGGAAAUCCAACGUGAUCCUGUUGGUCUAUUCGGAUCAUUACAGCUAUGAAAGGGUGGCUUUGUUUUGGCUGCCGUACUUUCGAUCCCUGGGCGUCAAUGUUCCAGUCGUGCUAUGUUCCAAUAAGUCGGACCUGACAACGGAGGGAGUGGAUCAGCAGACGGUCGAGGAUGAAAUGUUGCCGAUAAUGACAGAGUUCAAGGAGAUCGACUCUUGCAUACGGAGUAGUGCCAGAGAACAUCGAAAUGUGAAUGAGGCUUUCUUCCUCUGUCAAAAAGCUGUCACCUACCCUAUAGCUCCUCUCUUCGACUCAAAAGAGGCCGUGCUGAAACCAGCGGCCGUGAAUGCACUCCAGCGUAUUUUCUACCUGUGCGACAAAGACCACAACGGCUAUCUGAGCGAUAAAGAAAUUGAUGAUUUCCAGAUAAAGUGCUUUGGGAAGCCGCUGAACGACGAUGACCUCGAGCAUAUCAAAGAAACGAUACGAAGGACAUACCCGCAGUCGGUGACUCCGUUGGGAAUAGAUUCUCAAGGAUUUUUGCAUCUUAACAAGUUAUACGUGGAAAAAGGCCGCCAUGAAACUGUCUGGAUUAUACUCAGGGCGUUUCAAUACACCGAUAAUUUGUCACUCCAAGAAGAUUUUCUACAUCCACGCCUUGAAGUUCCCCCCUUCGCUUCGGCGGAACUCUCGCCUGCCGGCUAUCGGUUUUUUGUGGAUUUAUUUUUACUCUGUGACAAGGAUAACGACGGAGGCUUGAACGAUGCGGAGCUCGCCUCACUAUUUGCUCCUACUCCUGGCUUUCCAAGCUCGUGGACCGAUGAUUCCUUUCCGUCGUCUACCGUGCGCAACGAAGCUGGCCAUGUGACUCUUCAGGGAUGGCUGGCUCAAUGGAGCAUGACCACAUUUACGUCCCCAAAAACUACGCUUGAGUAUCUUGCGUACCUCGGCUUUGAAUCUACCGACCGUAGCAACCCCUCAACCACGGCGGCACUGAAGAUUACCAAACCACGGAAACGGCGACGGCGUCCUGGACGAGUUGGACGUAAUGUCGUUCUAUGUCAUGUUUUAGGUGCGGCGGGAUCGGGAAAAUCUGCCCUGCUCGACGCAUUCCUCUCACGAGGCUUCAGUCCGACUUAUCGCCCUACAAUCCAGCCCCGAACGGCUGUGAACACGGUAGAGCUUCCAGGCGGACGACAGUGCUACUUACUUUUGGAUGAGCUUGGUGAGCUGGAGCCGGCGAUACUAGAGAAUAGAACAAAACUGCUGGACCAAUGCGAUGUCAUCGCAUAUACAUAUGAUUCGUCCGACCCUGAUUCCUUUGCUUAUAUUCCGAAAUUACGCGCGAAAUACCCACACCUCGAAGAGCUUCCGAGCGUUUUCAUUGCGUUGAAGGCCGACCUGGACCGUACGACACAGCGUGCGGAAUGUCAGCCCGAUGAAUACACCAGCCGGCUGAACAUGCCCGGGCCUCCGUUACACGUCAGCGUAAGGUGGAAUUCGAUCCAGGAACUAUUCGUUCACAUUGCAGAGGCAGCCAUGGAGCCGAGUACCGCAUUCCCAAGGUCGGAAGAGGAUGUAGAAGGAAAAUGGAUGGCUUGGGGUAUCGCUAUUGGAGCGAUUGUUUGUGCUGGAGCAGCGGCUGUUGUCAUUUGGCGACGUGUGGCGGGGAGCGCCAGUUGA